AUUGCCAGACCAAGUUCAGCCGCAGCGCAGUCUUUGUAGAGAUAGAAUAACGACCUGAUUUUGCUCGUGAUUACUACGUCUUCGGUUGGACGUGAUACAAACACUCAAGAACAUUGAUUGUAAUCGUCAUAUAUACUGCCUUGUUGAUGUUAACCCUGGAUUUGGUGUGAUUUUAACAUGUGCGUAUAUAUAUACGCAACCUAAUAAAUAACAGAGCUUAGUUUUUUUACUCUGGCACAAUGUGUUUGUUGACUUUAUAAAAAACAAACAAACAAUAAAAACCAGUAAUUAAAAACAAAACAAACAAAGUGCUUCUCAAAAAAUCACAAAUACAAAAAAAAAAAAAAAAAAAAAAAAUACAAGCAGAAAAUAAGCCACAAUUACAGCCUAAAUAAGCGCCAAACAAGGCUAAAGCAACAGCUGCAAUAUAUCAAGACUUUUCAUCAUCAAUAAACUGAAAAAGGGCGGAGCAUCAUGGUUCACGGAGGCUUCGGACAUUGCUCGAGGAUGGACCAAACAGAGGACGAUUUUCCCACGCAGGAGGAAGUGAAGAUCUCGUUGAUGAGAGGACCCUUCAAGACCUCUGCCAUCUGUUCCUUCUCGCUGGGUAUUCAGACUCUCACGUCUGGCGCAGUUGUGAUCGGGAUCGUAGGCAACUUUACUGUACCUCUCGUUGUCGGUUGCAUUCUGGUUGUGCUCGGCGUAUUGAUAAUCAUGGGCGGUAUAAUCGCCUUAAGGAAGUACUCGAACUUCAGGAAGAGACAGGAAAAGGAAAUGGUGGCCAAGGUCGAACAGUUAGCCAUGGGAGACGGAACCAUAGAAGCCAUGUUGGUUGACGGCGGUGAGUCGAGGCGAGUCCUGGUUCCGAACGACGGCUCUGUGUUGCCCAAGUCCAUUGCAAUCCACCUGGGUAAAGGGGAUGAGGACUCGCCGCUCCCCGUCAUCGACAUGAGGCCAGGCUUGAUCGUGUUCUUCGGAGUGCAAGGGCGAGACGGCCGUGAGGUGUCCGUCUGCAUGAGGGACCUGUUCUUCAGCCAGUUCAGGUUCUACCCGGGGAUGAUGCCCUUCCAUGGCUUGACCGUGAGCUUCUUCCUCAUUGGAAUGGUCUUCCUCAACUCGCUCAUUCUUGUCCUGACUAUCUCGUACCCGCCGGACUCCUCGACCUACCAAAUCUGUAGUGGCCUCGGGACCGUUGCAGCUGUCUUCAUCUGCCUGUCUGUGGGCUUCGGGUAUCGAUGCUACAGGGCCUACGUGAGGGGACGCAGCCAGCAGAACCGCGGCGAACGUGGGGGCUUUUGAGUCGGUGCAGAACCUAAGCUGCCUCUGGUCUUAAGUGCUUGUUAUUUAAUCCUUUUGUUUACAUUAUACUGCCUGUUCGUUUUGUAGAAUGUUUCGAAUAUUUCCAAACUGAUCUGCAUUUGACUUUCAUUGGUAGUCCAUUGUCUCAUCUUUGGUGGGAUGAAAAUAAUGUGAAAUGUAUAGUGGAAUUUAUAGACGAAUAAAAAUGUAAAUACCU